GAAUCGAGAGAAAGGAAAAAAGAAAAAAAGAGAGAAAUAAGGAAAUAGAAGAUACAACAAAGAAAAGGAGAGCAGGAAAGGAAGAAAAAAAUAAAGGAAAAGAAGGACAAAAAAGAAACGAGAAAAAUAUAGAGAAAGAAAGGGAAAGAAAAGGGAAACUAAACAAAACGCAAGAAAAGCAAGGCAAGGAAAGAAAAGUGACAACGGAAAAUAAAAAUAACAAAGAUGAAACGAGUGACAAAAGAAAACAAGAAACUGAAAUAGAAAACAAAGAUCAAAAAGAGGCAAAAAGAAGAAGCAGUAACAAGCACCGAAAUAAAAAGCCAACGAUAAAGAGGGAAAGACGAAAAGGCAAAACAACAAGCGCGAAAGAUAAUGACGGAAAACUUAUAGAGAUGCAAAGAGAAAGGAAAAUAAAUAAAAAAGACAGCAGAAUAGGGAAGUAUGAAGGAAUAUAG